UGGAGAACUUGCUGUUGUUUUAUUCUUGACUUAUAUCCGCUUGUUCUUCAUAUAAGGUGCAUCAAAUGAACUGUGGUGCUUUGACGACCCUCUGUGGUUUAGAUGUUUGUGAACAAAACAGGCCUGACGUGUGCAGAGUUCACCGAGGUGGGCUGUGGUUGGUAUAAACAUAGACUCAAGAUGCUCGCAUGUUCCUGUGUGAUGGACAGACCGGAUGAAGAUGACUCUGCUUCUGAUUCCACUGCUCUUGCUGUGUGCUGCAGUCGGACUCGCCACACCACAGACGUUUACUGGAACUGAAGGAAGAGACAUCACCUUCAAAUGUCAGUUUAAAGUUAAAGGAAAGUGGAAGGUCUUUUGUAGAAACGACUGCAACACAAAAGAAAACAGACUGAUUGAGACUUCAGGCCACAUCCACCAGAACGACAGAUACAGAAUACGUAGCAGAAAACGCUCCAGUCCUCAAAUCAUCAGUGUGAGGAUCAGAAAUGUGAGACUGUCUGACACCGGGCGCUACAUCUGUGGUUUGGAGGACUGGGUUGGAACAAUAAAAGCAAACUAUGAGUACAAAAAUGUUUUCAUUCAAGUCCUCAGAGCAACACCUCCUGUUCCUGCUCCUGCUCCUGUUCCUGCUGGUGUUGUUCCCUCUCUCCACACUCAGACCUCCUCCAGUCCUGAGCAGCAGGAGCUCAGCACCACUGCAGCCGCUGGUUUAAGCUCUUCCUCCCUGAGCUCCUCUGAGAGCUCCUCCAGUCCCUCUGAGCAGCAGCAGCACACUUCCUCUGUGUCCUCUGGUGUACUGCUGUCUGUGUGUGGGGCUGCUGGGCUGAGCCUGCUCUUACUCACUGUGUUUAUCCUUUACGCCAAAAAGAGACGCACUCACUCACAAGAAGCAGCCGAGGGCACAGAGCGAGCUCACACACAGAUGGAAGCCUGUGUGGACGUCACAUACGCUGAGGUCCGUUUUAGGAGUCAACGUAGCGCCCCCCGGUGUCAGACUGAGGCAGUGAUCGCUCAGGUGCCUCAGGUCGAGACUGAAGAAGCUUCUCUAAAUGUGGCCCUUGAUGAAAAAAGUUUGGACACCCCUGCAGUAGAUGAUUUUACAUCAACUUGCCGACGGACUGAAGAUGGAAAUGAGCCACGUUGGCUAUAAUAUUUACAUAUUUACAUUACAUUAGAACAAACUAUAUGUCUCUCAUUUCAUCUUUGGACUUUGUGGAUUUUGGCAAAUUAUGAAAAACCACUCAAAAUCCUAAAUUGAUCUUAAAUUGACUAAAUUGAUAUAUCUUAUAAAGUUAUGAAGACAGAAAUAUAAAAUUGGCACCAAAAGAUGCACAACAGCAACAUUUAUAUUCAACUUUCUUUCUUUUUUUCAUCAAGUUAUCUGAGAAAAACUGAUUUUUCUUAUGGACGCCGUUAGGAUGGAACUUAAGAGACUUGGUGGA